CCAGUGCCCAGCACUGCUGCAGCUUUGAUAACAUCCAGCCUGUGCAUCAUCAAAGGGUUACCUUGGGAAAGGAAAAACUAAUGCACAGUGAACAUUACAAGGGAGAAUCCUGCUUUAGAAAGAGUUUGUCUGCGUUUUCAGAUUCCAGCAAAGCCCCUAAAAUUGCAAAACAAAUAGCUGGCAAACAGGGAAUAUUUCACCUGGGUGUUGAAGACAAAAAAGCCAUUUGUGACCCUACAGGGUGAACUUGCUGGGCAGUUGGACAGAUCCGGGAGAUGAUAAGUGUGUUUUCAAGCCUCCUGCCCCGCGGAUGCUCGAAGGAAGGGGGCCAUUAUCUCCCGCUUAGGUGAGUUUUCUCACGUUUUAGCCUCUGCAGUGCUGCUGCGGGGGGGUUUCCAUGGGAUUAACUCCUCGUCCAUCCCCUCUCCCAGCAGCUCGGUGUGGGCUGGGCUGGGCAGCGCUUACCUGGGAGGGAUCGGGUUACCCCGAGAUCCGACAAAGGCAGCGUCGGGUGCUCAAGAAGCGUUUUAAACAUAAGCUCUGAGCUUUUUCUUUUUUUUUUUUUUUUAAGACCUGUUGACAAGCUCCCAUGGCUCGUGCUUUGAGUUGGCUCGUUGUGUUCUGUAGCCUCAGGAUCUUCCUGAGAGGGGCCUCUUCCUCCUCAGCAGGUUGCAGCAUGGACUGCCAGAGCCACUGUGUCAUAGACUGCAGGCAGGGACAUUAUUACACAGCUGGAAACUGCCUGGAGUGUCCAACAGGUUUCUACUGCCCUGGAGGUCAAGCAGCUCCAAGGAAAUGCCCACUGGGAACUGCCAAUGAGCUGACUGCUCAAGGAAACAUCACAGCCUGCCAGGUUUGUCCUGAUGGGUAUCUCAGCCUGGAGAGCAGAGCUGGCUGCAGAGCAUGUCCUGAGGGAUAUUCCUGUGAUCCACACACUGGUGUCCAGAGGAGCUGUGGGCCUGGCCAGUACUCUCCAGAGGGAGAGCUGGAGUGUCAGGAAUGUCCAGAGAGAUUCAUCUGCCCAGAUGGACAGAGCAGACAGCACUGCUUGGCUGGUCUCUGUGUCACCUGCACUCCUGGAUCCUCCUCAGCUGAAGCCCCUCUGCCUUGCCAGCCCUGCCCAGCAGGUCAUUUCUGUCCUGAUGGCCUCGAAGUCCCUCCAUGCCCACCUGGGAGCUUCAAGCCCAAAGAGGGACUUGACACAUCCAGCAGCAGCUCCUCGUUCUUGCCAGGAGCUGGGCUGUGUUUGAAGUGCCCUGCUGGGUAUUUCUGUCCUGCUGGAGCCACUUUUCCAGUCCCGUGCCAGCCAGGGACGUACAAUCCUCUCCAAGGACAGGAUGAGGCCUCGGAUUGCAGAGCCUGCCCGGCAGGGAGGGCUUGUACCCAGGCUGGCUUAGCCCAGCCUGACUCAGAGUGCUCACCAGGGUACGUGUGCCCCGUGGGAUCAUCCAGCCCUCACUCUCCCAGCAAUGCCUGUCCUCCAGGAACACUUGGCAACGACUUCGACCUCUUUUCCAAGUCCCAGUGUGAGCCGUGCCCUGCAGGAUUUGUCUGUGGGAGAGGCACAGGGGGCAAGCAGAGACCCCCCACCCCGUGCCCGGUUGGUCACUUCUGCCCCCCUGGCACCAAGCACCCGACCCAGCACAAGUGUGCCCCGGGCACCUGGAGCAACAGCAGCGGGCUGGCAUCGGCUCAGGAGUGUCUGCCCUGCCCCGCGGGCUGGUUCUGUGUGGGAGGAGCCCGAGUGCCCAGCGGGAUGUGCAGCUCGGGGCACUACUGCCCGCCAGGUUCGUGGAGGGGCACCCAGUUCCCCUGCCCUGCAGGCACCUACAGCACCCGCCUGGGCAAUGGCAGGGGGGAAGAUUGUCCUGCCUGCCCUGCAGGGGCUUUCUGCCCCCCUGGCACCUCCAAACCAGUGCUCUGCCCACUAGGCUCCUAUCGCUCGGCACGGGGGGCACAGGGGGCUGCAGACUGCACCCCCUGCCCGGGGGGGUACCACUGCCCCCAGCCUGGCACCGUCACCCCGAGGACCUGCGGGGCUGGGAACUUCUCAGACCAAGGCUCAGCCUCCUGCCUGCCCUGUCGAGCUGGACACUACUGCUCCAGUGAGCACACCAGCCUGGAGGUGAUGCUGCUGCUCAUGGUGUGCCCAGCAGGGCUCCUGUGCCCGGGGGGGCAGGCAGAUGUCCCAGAUCCCACUGAAAAUGCCUGUCCACGAGGAUACUACUGUCCCCAGGGAGAUACUGGUUUGCAUGCCAAGCCUUGCCCCAAUGGCACCUUUGGUGAGCAGAGGGGGCUGAGCAGUGCUGAGGAAUGCUCACCCUGCCCUGCAGGGAAAUACUGCUACACAGAUGGGAUGGAGCCUCCAGGAAUCCCCCACCCUACAGGGGAUUGCCCACCUGGCUACAACUGCCCUCCAGGGACUGGAUUCCCCUUCUCCUUCCCCUGCAUGCCAGGCAGCUUCUGGGAUAAUUCCAGCAGAGAGGGGGAAGAUGUUUGCAAACCCAGCCCACCCGGGCACUACUGUGACUCCCCUGCCAUGGCAGAGCCCAAACCUUGCCCAGCAGGCUUUUACUGUGUCCAAGGCAGCUCCAAGCCCGAGCCCUGCCCAGAGGGCACCUCCAGUGCCAAGCAGGGGCUGUCUGGACCCUCGGAGUGCAGCCCCUGUGCCCGUGGUUUCUACUGUGCUGCCCCAGGACAGACUGGGCCAACUGGUCCCUGUGAGGCUGGAUUUUACUGCCAGGGCAGGGCCCUGACCCCACUGCCCACAGACGGUGUGACAGGAGAUGUGUGCCCUGCUGGGUCAUACUGCCCACCUGGCUGUCCCUCACCCAUCCCCUGCCCCCCAGGCACCUACAGCAACCUCAGUGGGCUCAGGAGCCUCCAGGAGUGCUUGGAGUGCCCACCUGGCCUGUAUUGUGAUGGGACAAACAGCCAGACUCCCUCAGGACCUUGUGAACCUGGUUACUUCUGUACAGGGGGUGCCAAAAAUCCCCUUCAGCAGGUGGUGAUGGAGGGACAUUAUUCCUUAGCAGGAGCCUUCCAGCCAGAGCCAUGUCCCCUUGGCAGCUUCCAGCCUGGCCGUGCUCAGUCUCUCUGUAGGGACUGUCCAGAGGGCACAUUCUGCCAUGAGCCGGGUCUGGCUGCACCCCAGGACUGUCCCAAAGGGCAUUUUUGCUCGGCUGGGAGUUCCUUCCCUCUCCCAUGUCCAGUGGGAACCUACUCAGACGUGGGGAGGGCAGGCUCCUGCAAGCCCUGCCCAGCAGGAAUGUUCUGCAGCACAGCUGGGCUGGCUGAGCCAGAAGGACCUUGCCAGCCAGGAUAUUUCUGCAGCCCAGGUUCCAGCACCUCCUCACCUGUGGGGCUUCCAUUUGGAGAUCUUUGCCCCCAAGGACAUUACUGCCCAGCUGGCACCACACACCCAGAGGAGAUGCCGUGUCCUGCUGGCACCUGGAAUGGGCAGAGAGGGGCCCAGGAUGCCACUUGGUGCCUGCCUUGUGCCCCUGGGUUUUUCUGCAACAUGUCUGGCCAAGGUGCUCCUGCAGGACUUUGUGCACGAGGCUACUACUGCACGGGAAGGACAAAGACAGCAGAGCCAGAGGAUGGUGUCACUGGAGAUCUCUGCCCUCGAGGACAUUUCUGCCCUGCAGGCUCAGCAGCACCUUCCCCCUGCCCCAGUGGGGAAUACAGCAAUGCAACAGGUCAAGACAAAUGCCUUCCUUGCCCUGCUGGGUUUCACUGUUCCAAAGGACUAAAACGUCGCUGUCCUCCUGGAUUUUACUGCCCUCAGAAAACUGGGAUCGACUUUUAUCCUUGUCCUCCUGGGACUUACAACCCCUCCUAUGGCCUCAGCCAGGCUGAGAGGUGCCAGCAGUGCCCUGCAGGAAUGUUCUGUGGAGAAUGGGGAUUGUCCUCUCCCAGUGGUCCCUGCUGGCCAGGAUUCUUCUGCACAGCAGGAGCAAGUGUCCCAAACCCUAAUGGAGCCACAAACACGAGUACUGGUGGCCCAUGCCCACCUGGACACUUCUGCCCAGCUGGCACAAGUAUCCCACAGAGAUGCCCCACAGGCACUUACUCAGACAGGCUCCACAACUGGCAGGACUCCAACUGCACAGCGUGUCCAUCUGGCCAUUUCUGUGGCUCCUCUGGCCUCACAGCCCCCUCAGGACCCUGCUUACCUGGCUACUACUGCCUGCCUGGGGCUUCCUCCCCAUCCCCACCCGGUCAGGGGGAGAAGGGAGGCCCCUGUCCCGUGAGCCACUUCUGCCCAGCAGGAAGCAGCUUUCCCUCCCCCUGCCCUGCAGGGACUUACAACAACCUCACCAGGCAGGCUGCCUGCUCCCCUUGUGCUGCAGGGUACUUCUGCCCAGAGAACACCACCAGCUACAGCACCAACCCUUGCCCAGCUGGCUUUUACUGCCCCAAAGGAACCAAGUUUACCACUGAGUUUCCCUGUCCCAGGGGCUACUACAACCCUGACCCCAUGACACAGAGCCUGGAUAGCUGCUUGCCCUGUCCCCCUGGGCACUACUGUGGCAAGGAGGGCUUGACAGCAGCCUCAGGCCAGUGUGAUGCAGGCUGGUUUUGCAUCUCAGCUGCUUGGACCUCCCAGCCCUUCGACCUGGAUAACUACACCAAUGCCAACUGCCUGUGCCCAGCCACUGCCACUGGAGGGAAGUGCUCAGCUGGGUUCUACUGCCCCAGAGGGAGCCCAGAGCCCCUGCCUUGCCCCCCUGGCUUUUACUGCAAUGCCUCAGGUCUGUCUGUCCCCAGUGGGGAAUGUGCUGCUGGGUUUUACUGUGAAGGGGAAGCAGCUCUCCCUAAACCCACAGAUGGUGUGACUGGGAACAUCUGCCCUGUGGGGACCUACUGCACUGCAGCAUCAGCAGUGCCCCAGCUGUGCCCAGCUGGCACCUUUUCCAGCCUCCCAGGGAGGAGAACACUCUCUGAGUGCCAGCCUUGCCCCUCUGGCUUCUACUGUGAGGAGCCCGGGCUCAGUGCCCCGACUGGGGAGUGCUGGGAGGGUUAUUACUGUGACAGCCAGCAAGGGCCAGUUAUUGAUUUCACCCUUUACCCCUGCCCACGAGGCUUUUACUGCCCACCAGGGACCAGCAGGAGCUCCCAGUACAGCUGCCCUGCAGGAACCUUUGGGCCAAGGCAAAAACUGAGAACUAUCCAGGAAUGUCAAAGGUGCCCACCAGGAAAAUACUGUGAAUUGCCUGGCCUUGCUGCCCCAACAGGAGACUGUGCAGAGGGGUUUUGGUGCAAAAGCGGUGCCCGGGUGAGAGACCCCCAGGAUGGAGAGUCAGGACAGCCUUGUCCUGCCGGGCAUUACUGUCCUGGAGGUGCAGCCGUGCCCUUGCAGUGCCCUCCUGGCACGUGGGCUGGCAGGGCGGGCAGCAGGAGUUUGCAGGAGUGCCAGCCCUGUCCCGGGGGAUAUUUCUGCAAUGGCUCCGGGCUGGGGGCUCCCUCGGGGCAGUGCAGCCCAGGGUACUUCUGUGCUGCUGGUGCCCAGACCCCCACGCCCACCGACGGCCUCUCUGGAGCUCCGUGUCCCCCCGGUCACUCCUGUCCCCCUGGCUCCAGGGCUCCAGCCCCGUGUCCCCCUGGCUCCCACCUGCCCCACAGCCACGGGGAGCAGUGCCAGCCUUGCCCAGGGGGUCAGUUCUGUGUCCCUGGUGAGGAGCCAGCGCCCUGCCCACAGGGGUAUUUCUGUCCCGAGGGCACAGCUCUUCCAGUUGCUUGUCCAGCAGGAUCCUAUAACCCUUCCCAAAGGCAAACCAACUGCCUCCCCUGUCCUGAAGGGUUCUUCUGCCCCCAAAAUUCCUCUUCCUUUUUGGAGAACGAAUGCUCAGCUGGUCACUACUGCCCUGCAGGUACUGCUUCUGCAGCUCAGUUCCCAUGUCCCAAAGGGACUUACAACCCCCAGCCUGGGAGCAGCCUGAGGUCCCACUGCACCCCCUGUGAGCCAGGGCAUUACUGUGCACUUGCAGGGCAGCCCCACGUUACAGGGCCCUGCUUGGCUGGGUUUUACUGCACUGGAGGUGCCUCCAGCCCAACACCUACGGAUGGUCUCCAGGGGAACGUGUGCCCCGAGGGAGCUUUUUGUCCUCUGGGCUCUGCCCUCCCACAGCCCUGUCCCCCUGGUCACUACAGCAGCUCCUCUGGGAACACUGGGAUCGAGGGCUGCCUCCUGUGUGAUGCAGGAUAUUUCUGUGAUGGGACCGGACUUGUCUCUCCAAGUGGAUUAUGUGAGGCUGGAUUCUAUUGCAGUGGAGGAACCAUUUCUCCUAAACCUCCCAGGACAACAGUCAGUGGAGGUCCCUGUCCCCCUGGCCAUCACUGUGUGACGGGGAGCAGCAGAGCCCAGCCCUGCCCUGCAGGGACCUACAGCCCAUCCUGGGGGAUGGCACAGUGCCUGGGGUGCCCAGAAGGCUUUUACUGCACGUCUGCCUCUGCAAACUACACAGCCUGUCCUGCAGGUCAUUAUUGCCCCAGGAACACAGAAUUUGCCACACAAUAUCCUUGUCCUCCUGGAACCUACAGUGAAGCUUUAAAUCUCUGGGAUGCUUCCAAGUGCCAGCUGUGCCCUCCUGGAAAGGUCUGUUCCAAGCCAGGCCUGGCAAGGCCAGAUGGACUGUGCAUGCCUGGGUGGUUUUGUCCACCUGGAUCCACGUCAAGCAAACCAGUGUUUCCUGGGAAUUACUCAGGGAUGGCAGCCCCACCUUCUGGAUCUGUUGGGUUGUGCCAAGCAGGAACCUUUUGUCCUGCAGGAUCAUUUCUUCCUCUUCCCUGCCCUCCAGGUUGGUUCUGUGCCACCUCAGAGCUGGCAGCUCCAUCAGGUCCCUGCCAGGCUGGAUUUUACUGCACAGGGGGCUCCACACUCCCCAACCCCAGGGAUGGAGCAGUGGGAAACAUCUGUCCCCGCGGCCACUUUUGCCCUGCAGGGAGUUAUUCUCCCUCUCCCUGUCCCCCAGGCUCCUUCUUGGCUCGUGGUGGUGGGCAGUCAGCACAGGAGUGCCAGCCCUGCUCCCCAGGCUGGUUCUGUUCCCAGCACGGCCACAGCUCCCCAGAAGGAUUGUGUAAGGCAGGGUGGUUCUGCCCAGCAGGCUCUGUGUCAGACCAGCAUCCAGAUUAUUUGUGUCCUGUGGGUCACUAUUGCCCCACUGGCAGCCCAGAGCCCGUGCCUUGUCCCCCUGGAGAAUAUCAGGACCAGGCUGGUAAAAUCCAGUGUGAAACAUGCCCAGCAGGAAUGUUCUGUGCCCUGAAAGACCACCCAGGUGAUCUCCAAGAGAACAUCUCCCAUGGUGUGGUCAAACCAAUGGAGUGUCCAGCAGGGUAUUACUGCUUGCCAGGAACAAAGGCUGCCCACCAGUACCCGUGUCCAGAGGGCACCUACAGCAACCAGACUGGCCUGGGAAACCCCAGGGACUGCAAGCCUUGUCCUGGAGGCACCUUCUGUGCCAGUGCAGGCCUCUCAGCCCCGAGUGGGCCGUGUUCUCCCGGGUAUUACUGCGCUUCCAAGGCCCGUGUGCCCAACCCCGGCAGGGAUGGGACGGGCAGCCUGUGCCCAGCAGGGCAUUACUGCCCCCCAGGCAGCAGCAAACCCCAGCCCUGUCCCACUGGCACGGUUCUGCCUCAGCCUGGGAUGGUUUUCCAGAAUUCCUGUCUGCCCUGCCCUGCAGGGAGGUUCUGCCAAGGAGAAGGCCUGGCUGCAGUUUCUGGCACGUGUUACGCUGGGUAUUUCUGUGACCUUGGAUCCACUCAGCCAGAUCCCAGGCACUGCCCUCCUGGCUUCUACUGCCCCGAAGGCUCGGAAUUCCCAGUCCCCUGCAGCCCUGGAAGCUUCAGCUCUGGCAGUGGCAAAUGGCACUCAGCAGAGUGCCAGCUCUGCCCAGCUGGGUACUCCUGCAGUGGUCCUGGAGCACACACUCCUGAGCUGUGCCCUGCUGGGCACUUCUGUCUGCCAGGGACCAACCUCAGCACACAACAUCCGUGUCCAAAGGGCACCUUUGGCCCCAGGACUGGUGCCACUCGUGAGUCUGACUGUGAGCCCUGCCCAGCAGGCAUGUAUUGCUCAGCCCCAGGUCUGUCCCAGCCCUCUGGAUUUUGCUAUCCAGGUUAUCACUGUGCCAAGGGAGCUGUCAGCCCAGCCCCCUUCAAACACAGGGUGGAAUCCUCCAACCUGGCUCUGCCUGGCAAUGACAUCUGUCCCACGGGACACUUCUGCCCCAGGGGCACGGGGUACCCUGUGCCAUGUCCUCCUGGAUCCUUCUCCCCCUCGGUGGGCCUGGAGGCAGAGGAGCAGUGCCAGCCCUGCCCAGCUGGGCACUACUGCAGUGGCACGGGGCUGUCUGAGCUGGCCCAGACCUCGCUGUGUGACCCAGGGUAUGUUUGCCUGGAAGGAAACUCUGCUCCCUGCCCUUCUGAUGGGAUCCAUGGGUACAGGUGUCCCAGAGGCUUCUACUGCCCCGCGGGCACCGGGCUGGAGCUGCCGUGUGAGCCUGGCACCUUCAGCCCCGUGCCUGGGGCAGGGACCUGCCUGCCCUGCCCGCCUGGAAUGGCCUGUGGAAGUGCUGCCACUGUGGAGCCCCUCACCUGCCCCAGAGGUUACUACUGCCCAGCUGGAACUGCUGCCCCAGUGCCAUGUCCCGAGGGGACACUGAACACCUUGGAGGGGGCACUGGCCCCCACUGCCUGCAGGCUGUGCCCAGUGGGGAGGUACUGCAGGGGAGAGGCCAACUGGGAACCUGAUGGUCUGUGCUCAGCUGGGUACUACUGUGCAGGAGGAGCCACUGAUGCCACUCCACGUGGGACACCUGCCUUCCCUCUCAGUGGGCCCUGCCCACCUGGGCACUACUGCCCAGAGGGAACCCAUUUCCCCAUUGCCUGCCCAGCUGGGACCCUGAACAAUGCCACAGGUGGUGCCUCCCCCCAGAGCUGUGUGCCCUGCUACCCCGGCUCCUUCUGUGCUGCUGCUGGGCUGAGUUCUCCAACAGGACCUUGUUCUGAGGGGUUUUACUGCCCAGCAGACUCCAGCUCUGUCAGCCCCACAGCGUUGCUCUGCCCCAAGGGUCACUUCUGCCUGGCAGGGACAGCCCAGCCAACACCAUGCCCUGCUGGAGAGUACCAGCCAGCCACAGGCUCUGCAUCCUGCAUCCCCUGCCAGAGAGGGUUCUACUGCCAGGACCCGGUGACAGGAGACCCCAAGCGCUGCCCACCUCAUUCGUACUGUCCCACAGGCACACGAGUUCCUCUCACGUGUCCUGAGGGCACCUUCACUCCUGGAAACAUGACUGGCCUCUGGAAUGAGAAGGAAUGUCUGCCUUGCUUACCUGGUCACUACUGCAGGCACGGGCAGCUGGAGGGGAAAUGUGCUGCUGGAUAUUUCUGCCUGGCUGGGAGCUCCCAGGCUGCUCCCCAGGGCCACAGCUUCUCCUGGCGCUUCCUGGCCGGGUGUCGCUGGGGCCAAGUGUGUGCAGGGCUGUGUCCUGCAGGUUUCUACUGCCUGGAGGGAUCUGAGGUGCCCAUACCAUGUCCUGCCAACACCCUUAGAGAUCUCCCAGGGGCUGUGAGGAGGGAGGAUUGCCUGCCCUGUCCACCGGGACACUGGUGCAAAGCAGGGGACUCAGAGGCCCAUCCGUGCCCAUCAGGACACUACUGCCCCGGGGGCAAUGGCAGUGAGCAGGGCAGCCCCCUGGCACCCCAGCAGUGCCCUCCCCAGACGUUCCGCGGGCAGCCGGGGGCUCGGAGCCUGUCUGACUGCCAGCCCUGCCCUCCAGGGUACCACUGCCCCCUGCCAGGUCUGGCAAGGUUUGAGGAUUAUCCAUGCCCCCCUGGGUACUGGUGCCCUGGUAAAGGGGACACUUUCCUUUGUCCAGCUGGCACUGCCAGGACCCAGCCUGGUGCAAAGUCACUGGAAGAGUGUGAUCCCUGCUCACCUGGAUAUUACUGCCCAGACCCAGCACAGACAGGGCUGCCCAACACCCAGGGAGUACCUUGCAAACCUGGCUACGAAUGCCCAGCAGGUUCAGUAAAUCCCAAGCCUUGCAGGCCUGGCCUGUACUGUGGUGCUCUCACAGGUGAGCCUUCUGUGUGUCCUGCUGGGUACCACUGCCCUGAAGGAUCCUCCACAUACAACAGCCCUGAGCAGCUGUGUGUGUUUCCAUACUACUGCCCCCCUGGCAGUGCCCACCCAGUGCCAUGUGAAGGAGGGUCCAUGGCCCUGCCCCUGCCUGGUCUGAGGGACUCCUUGGAGAAGUUCUGCAGGGUCUGUGCUGCAGGGACCUACCGCAGUGCCCCCCUGCUCACAGCCCCCUGCCAGCCCUGCCCCGCUGGCUUCCUCUGCCCACCAGGCAGUGAGAGCUACCACCAGCAGCCUUGUCCCCGUGGCCACUACUGCCCUUCCCUGGCACCUGCCCCCCUGCCCUGUCCCCCGGGGACCCACGGGAGCAGCCACUUUGGGAAGCACAGAGGGGAUUGCCAGCCCUGUCCUGCUGGCACCUUCAACCACCUCCCUGCCCAGGCUGCAUGUUUCCCCUGUGGCAGCUCCUCUUCCUCUCAGCCUGGUGCCACCAGCUGUACCUGCCAUGGGCUGAACAGGGCUUUCCAGCAGUCAGAUGCCUCCUGUAUCUGCCAGGCAGGUUAUGUUUACUAUGAUGAGAGAGGCAGGGAAGACCCCGACAGCAACAGCGACCAGGACUGUCGACCUCAGGUGGACGAGCUCUGUGCCCCCGGGCAGGUCCGUCUGGCAGCCACACGACGCUGCGUCGUCCCCGCGCGCCACGACUGCUCCCCUGCCUGCGGGAGGGAAGGGGGAGAGAUCCACGCAGAGCUGGGCAUAUGCCAGUGCAAGCAGUACAUCUCUGCUGAGGAGCUCUGUGACCAGCUGUGCCUGCUGAGAGCCCCACGCAUCUCCCUGGCAUUUGGCACCCACAGGGAGCUGCUCCUGAGGAUGGAGGGAGAAGUGAGGGAAGUGGCAAAUGUCCUGGGCCCAGAUGAGCACGUGCAGAACAGCCAGAGGGUGCAUUUGGUCCUGUUCAGCCCCAGUGGAGUGCUGGGUUUCAUUGUCUCCAGCACAGAUGUUCUGGAUGCAUUUCUCAUGGGAGAUUUCCCAUCAAAUCAGCUGCUGCAGAAAGGUCAUCGAUUCCAGAGGACUUCCUCCAAAGAUCCCCAGGCCUUGCCCCUGGUUCCCAACCCUGUGGUGUGUUUGGAAGCAGGAGACACGAUCCUUUUCCAGCUCAGCAUCGAUUCCCAGGAUCGUGCAUCCAGCCAUUACCCUGUUUAUCAGAAGCAGCAUCUCUAUAACAGCAACCCCAGCUGGGAUUUUGGACCCUUCCGAAGGCUAAACCACCUCGUCCAGGAGACUCACCUCAACCUCUCCUGGUUUGCCCAUGUUUUCCUGGAGUCUGGCACAUAUGUUUUCAGGGAUAACACUGUCCAGGAGCACUUCCUGAUUGUGACUGUGAAUGAAGCCAACGUGAGCUGUGACCCCAGAGCUGUGCCCUUCCAGCCCUCCUCUCUGUUCCAGCUGGCCAGACAUGGGGUUUUGAAGCAACAGGAUCUGAACUUGGCUCCUAACUGGGCUGCUAUCACAGCCCUCCUCUUUGUUCUGGGCUCCCUCACCGUGGUGCUGACAACCCUGGCCAUAGUGUUCCAGCCUGCUGGCCCUGGCAGCAGCCCCCUGAAGGGCUGGAAGCCAUGCUGGAGGAGCCUGGGUGAGCCACACAUCCCACCAGAAUAUAUCCUCCUUAAGGACAGCCUUCAGUUUUAUCAGAUGCUUGGUCCUCGAGGCUCUGGAGGAGAUGCUGCUUCUGGAGAGAAAGGAACAGCCCCCAAUGCAGGAGAGCCCUUGGCACGGAGGGUCCUGGAGGAUUUCAGCGCCCGCACCCUCUAUGACAAGCUGGAGGAUCAGAACCUGCACGUGGCAGCUCAGCUGGCAAAGCACAGGAUGGACGUGCUGGGCUUUUACAACGGGAUCAGCCACAGGAUUCAAAGCCUUGUGGACAUGGUGCAAGCACUGGACCCUGAUGCCCUGAAAAUCUUUGCCAGGCAAAGGAUUUGUGGGCACAAACCUGCAGACAACAGCAGGGCAGCAGAGGGUGAUGAACAGGGUGAUGAACACUGUGGGAACACCUUCCAGCCAGGUUCAUCGGGUGCUCCAUGGCAGGAGGUGAGAGAGUUAAUGAAAGCUCUGGAAGCGCUGCUUGGGAAUGCUCCGUGCAGGAAUGGAGCUGUGAAGGGAGAGCUGGAGCACAAGGUCCAAGCACAGGAUGCAGUGCAGGUUGUGCCCUCCCUGGGCAGCCUGGCCAGUGGCAGGAAAUCAGGAGUGCAAGGGCAGGAUCACGAGCUGCCUCAGCAGUGGGAGCUGUUCAGCAGGAAGGAUGCUUUUUUCAGCUCCCCUGGGCAUGAAGAGCAUGGUUUAGAUCUCCAGUUGCCUUACCUGACUGAAUUGGAGGUGGAGGGCCUGGUAGCAGCUUCCCCCCUUGCCAAGACCCUGUGUGAGAUCAAGCAAGCCUUGGUGAACCUGCAGGAACCUUCAGACCCUGAUAAUCCAGACAGUGACCAUCACACCAGCGUGGGGAGCUCAGCCCUCCUCUGAGCUGCUGGGGCUGCAAACAGGGCUGGAGCUCUGCUGCUGGCAUGGAGAGGAGCUGCCCUGCUCACAGGAUUGAAGGGACAGAAGCAGAAGCAUUUCAUCUCCUGCACAGUAAAAUAGCCACCAGCUCACUUCCUUGAGGAACCUUAGCCCUGGCAAUGGCUGGAAGGGGGACUGUGGGGCAGUGUGUGUGUGUCUGAGGACAGAGCUGCUUUACCUGAAAGAUCAGAAUGGAUUCAUAUCUAAUUAAGGAUGUAUUUAGCGAAAUACAUAAUGGGUAAUCCAUAUUCUGUUUGCUUAACCUUGAAAUGCUUUCACACUGCUCUUGGAUUAUCAAUAAUUUGUGGUCUGGAGAAGGAAGCUGAGCUUCUUGAUGUCACUGAUUUUAUAAUUCUCACUGUUAAGUCAGUGAAGCAGAAAACAUAAGACCACAGGUGGCAUAACCCCCCCAGUUUAUCAGUGUAUUCUGUACAGCUUUUGUGAUCUCUCAUAUUGAAGGAUGUUUGUGACUUUUUCAAGUAUUUUAGAGCCACACUUUUAAGCCUUGCCCAUCCAUGUUUUCAGUACACUCAUGCUAAUCUCAGUAAGUUCUACUGGCAGACACCCUCAGGGUCUCUACAGAUGUGAUUUUUCUGAGCAAAGAAGCCAGUUAGAUUAUUCCUGUCGUGGUGACUGCAGGGAUCUGUGCAGCUGCUGGACUCCAGUGCUGGGAGCCUGAAAUUAAACUGCAAACAUCCUUCCUCCCGUUCUGCUUGUGCUGACCUGUCUGUGUGAGAGCAGGAGAGCCUGGCUGUGAGGGGGGCACUGUUUCUGUGCAACAGGAGCAGCAUCACCUGCUCCAUCCUCACAGUGUUCCUCAGCUCUGGGGGAAGUGCAGCAACACAAGGUUUGCUGGCUGUGAGCCAGCCCAGUCCCUUGGCAACCCCCCCGGGUGGGAUUGAGCUCCCAGAGCAGAGCCUGCUCUCCUCUCACUGCAAUAUUUACUGACUUGCUUGUGUGUGGAGAGGUUUGUGAGCCUGCUCCUUCCUGGUUCCUCGACACAGACCUGUGUUUGCUCCUUCUGCCUUUGCAUAACCAGGGGGGGUGUGAAGAGAGGGACACUUGGUUGCCCAGGAGGCCAGACAGAAGCUCUCAGGUUUGCUUCCACUGGCAGGUGUGUCUGGUGGACCCAGAGGAGCUGCAGGGGGGGGGUUUUUUGGCCCUCAUCGACUCAUUUUGCUGGUUCCACGUUUUCUGAGCUCCCUCCCAAACACAAAAGGUUUGUUUCAGUUCCUUUGCAGCUUCACCUUGGGAGAAUUUAGGUACUUUACUGACACUUGGGAGGGACUUCCAGAAAAUACAAACACUGCAGAGCACCUGUACGUCACUGUGGUUGCCUGUUGUGGAAUGUAGUAGUGAAAAAAAAACCCCUGUUGUUGCUCUCUUCACUGCUUUCUAUUUUAGGUUAUCAGCAGAUAUGCUUAUAACAGUCCUACAUGGAGGUAAGAGCCUGCAGUGCUUGCUGUCUCUGAUAUCCACAGGGAAACGUGGUACCCAGCAGGUGAUAAAGUUAUCUCUGGGAUUUGGGGUUGUAUUUGUAAAAGGCAGGGUGGAAGGCAGUAGUAAAUACAAUUUGUCACAUUUUUAUUGCAGCGGUUUCUCAAUGAAAAUGUUUUGGUUUAAAUAAAAAAAAAAAAAGACAUGAUGUGGAA